CCAAAAAACAACAACAACACACGAAUUUCACAAAUAAAGUUACAUUUGUUAAAUAAGCUUAAAAUACAGAUAUUUAACAAUUAAAUUGUUGAUAAACUAAUAGUGUCUGUUGUUAUUCUUAAAGCUACAAAAAGAUAUUGAAAAUGGAUGAUAGCUUUGGAGGUGGGUUUACUCAGACUAAUGUUGAUCAGAAGACCGAGAGCAAAGCAGAGGGAACUCUGCCAGUUUUCAUUAAAAUGAUCCACAAUCAACCAGAUGAUGUCAUAGAUCUUUAUGGAUUCGAAUAUAAAAUGGUAACAGUCGUUGCUAUUGUAAAAGAGAUCGAACAUACAUCCACAAAAAUCACAUACUCAAUGGAGGAUAUUACAGGCAAAAUAAAAGCACAUUACUGGAUUGACGAGGAAGAAACGGUUGGGUCAUCAAAUAUCAUGAUCAAUAGCUAUGCACGAGUUGUCGGUGCUUUAAGAUCGCAAGGCGAUGCAAAAUCAAUCAUGAUCUACAAAAUACAUCCAGUAAACGGAAUCAACGAAGUCAGUACACACUACAUUGAAGUUAUAAAUGCAAGAUUCCAAGCUGAAAGUUUCGCAAAUGCUGAUGGCAAGCCAAUGAAUGGAAACGUACAGAAAAUGGAUGUAGAUGGUCAUCAACAAACGACAGCAGCAGCUCCAGCUGAUAGUGGAUUAGAAGGUUUAAAUGCCAAAGAAAAGGUUGUCUUUAAAAUGAUUCAGGGAGCACUAGCCGAUCAAAGUGAGACUGGAUAUGGACGAGAUGAAAUUAUAGCUCGAUUCCCUCACUUUUCAGAAGAUGAGAUUAAUGCGAUGCUCGGCAAAAUGACGUUCGAAGGUUUAAUAUACACGACAGUUGAUAACGACCAUUUCCAAGCGUGCUAUUAAUCAGCAAAAAAAAAAAAACGUAAAUUUAAAACAAA